AAGAAAUAUUUUCUCGAACGAUAUUUAUGAAACAUGUAAAUCUUGGAAUUGGUUGUCAUUCUUGUUCUGAAAUUUUCCCGUAAAAUAUGGAAUCUGGAUAUUUUUUAUAUUCAGACAAAGUUUCAGGGGGGAUUUUAAAACUAUCUAGAGUUUUCGGGAAAUUUUUUGACGUGGGCACUGCAAUAUCUUGAUUUUGAGGGAAUUAGGUUACAAAGAUUUUGGUUAAACAUUGUUCCUUUUUUUCCUUGAUUUCCAGUUCCGUUUUUGGUUGAUUCUUCGUGGUAGACAAGGUCAAUUUACUUUGUAUAGAAAACUGUCAUUAUCAAUCAAGAUUGAAUAAUUUAUUCUUGAAAGAUCAAAUUAGGAUUGCAAAUGGGAUUCGGGUGUUGAAAUUAUCCUCCUCUUGCCCUUUGGAGAGUUUUAAAGAUUGGAGUUUCAAUCAGAGUUCAGUGAGAUUCCGACAGUUACACCAAAUUGUUUUUGGAUGUAUUAAAGGGUAAAAAUUGGUUCCGAGUUUGUUAGAGAUUUGGUAAGAAACAAGGAAAUUGUGUGCACGGAGAAGUUGAUAAAUUGGUGAGAUUCCUCAGAUUGUACUAGGAUCAAGGAACCAAAAACAUAACAGAUGCAGAAAGGCGACUUUAUAGGAUUCCUUUAGUUUUUGCUGCAGAAAAGGUCCUCAUCCUCAAUCUCGUAUUAGAGGAAUUGUAAAUAUAUGGUGAGUAUGAGAUUGUUAAGUCUUGUGGGUAAUUCUUUUGGGUGUUCUGCAUCUGGGGAGCGUCUGAUUUCUGCAGCAAGAGAUGGGGAUCUUCAAGAAGCCAAGGCUUUAUUGGAGUAUAAUCCUCGCCUCGUGAGGUAUUCAACAUUUGGUGUUCGUAAUUCUCCCCUGCAUUACUCAGCUGCGCAAGGUCACCACGAGAUCGUUUCCCUCUUAGUUGAAUCAGGAGUUGAUAUUAAUCUCAAGAACUAUCGUGGGCAGACUGCUCUGAUGCAAGCUUGUCAAUACGGUCACUGGGAGGUUGUUCAAACUCUGAUUCUUUUCAAAGCCAAUAUCCACAGAGCUGAUUAUCUUAAUGGAGGAACAGCACUUCACUUAGCUGCUCUAAAUGGCCAUUCCCGAUGUAUCCGGCUUCUCCUUUCUGAUUAUAUUCCUAGCAUUCCUAAUUUUUGCAGCAUCUUAAGGAAAAUAUCAAAAAAUGAUGAAUCCGUUUCAGAAAUUGAUGAUAGUGCACUCUACGAGGUCAUCAACAGACCUGCUGAUGGUGGCGUCACUGCCCUUCAUAUGGCUGCACUUAAUGGUCACAUUGAAACUGUUCAACUCCUCUUGGAUUUAGGGGCUCCCAUAUCUGAGGCCACGGUGGAAGAUGGAACUACAAUUGAUUUAAUUGGUCCUGGAAGCACGCCCCUCCAUUAUGCUGCUUGUGGUGGUAGUUCACAGUGUUGUCAGCUUUUGAUAGCAAGGGGUGCCAGUCUGACUGCAGAAAAUGCUAAUGGUUGGACUCCCUUGAUGGUUGCCCGUUCAUGGCAUAGAGAUUCACUCGAGGAAAUUCUUAGCAGGCGUCCAGAAAGUCAACCACAACUUAGUUCUUCACCAUAUCUAUGUCUUCCUCUUAAAAGCAUUGUUGAUAUCUCUAGAGAAUGUGGAUGGAGAGGCAACGAUGCGCUGUCCACAUGCAUAGAUCCUUGUGUUGUUUGCUUGGAAAGGAAAUGCACAGUUGCUGCAGAAGGCUGUCUUCAUGAGUUCUGCGCACAUUGUGCUUUGUAUCUAUGUUCCACAAAUAGCUUCACUACCAUAUCUCACGGUCCCCCGGGCUCGAUUGCCUGUCCACUCUGCCGGCAUGGCAUAAUUUCUUUCGUUAAGCUUCCGGACACGAGGUCAAUAUGCAAGGAUAUUUCAAGAACAAGUUUGUCCUUGAAUUUUUGCACUUGGUCGACUGAGGUUCCUGAACCCACCUUACUGGAAACCCCAUUAUGCAAGCCGGAUUUCUUGUGUGCUCGGACCUCCCCACUCGGUUCUUCUUUCCGCUCACUUAGCUGCCAAAGUUUUCCAUCUGUGAAACUCCGCCCAAGCCUUUGUAUGGGAGCUUCGGACACUACUUGUUUGGUUCCAAGAUCGAUCAACCGUAACUUGAGGAAUCAACUGGUUAGAUGUUCAAGAUCCAGCUUUAGGCGUUCCACUUCUCAGAAUGAAGGGAGAAGGGGGUUAUGCACUUUUAGCCAAUCUAUGGAAACUGGAAGCACCUGUUGAAGAUUAAUGUGAUUCAGGUGCACAUAUAAUCUACUUCUGCACGGUAACUUCUUAAAUUUGAUUUUUGUAAAAAUGGUAUAUUAUUGUCGUUGUUUUUGUUCAGAAGAUGCUGAUAGCAUCUUUGGGGAAAUUUUUUGUGUAAAUAUGUGGAAGCUGAUAGGAUUUCUCUAAAAUCUCACUAGUUUAUGCACUUGAAAGCAUGAUUUCUCUCUCUUUA